AAGCUUCCAAUUUCUUGGUUUCGAUUGGACGAGAAAGAAUUGAAUAAUGUGGUCGGAGGAGUGUGAAAACCGAAGAAACAAAACCAUGUAAAUCCAGCCGCCUGAUUGAAUACGUUUUUCCAACUCUUUCCAGAAAUCAACGCCGUUUUCAUUCUUUAUGAACACUUUUUCACGUUUUAUACACCCAAGCCAGCUCUGUAUCACGAAAAACCCAUUGCUAAUCCAAGAAGAAUACCUGCCCCUUUGAGUUUAUAUCUUCGAUUUUUUUUUUUUGGUUAAUCUUCCACGUUUUGUACACCAAACUCUAUUUAACAAAAAUCCCACUUGUAAAGAUUAAAACUUUGAUCAAAAGAUGGGUUUGUUUGAUCUUGAAAAGCACUUUGCUUUCUAUGGGGCAUACCACAGCAACCCUGUGAAUAUCUUCAUCCAUAUGUUGUUUGUUUGGCCGAUUGUGUUCACUGCCUUGAUGCUUUUGUACUUUACCCCUGCUUUAGUCAAGUCAGCUCCGAUUGAGUUGUGGGAUCAUAGUUUGUUGGUGUGGAAUUUCGGGUUCUUGUUCACUGUGAUUUAUGGCCUGUUUUAUGUGCUUCUGGACAAGAAAGCUGGCUCUUUGGCUGCGUUGAUGUGCUUUGGUUGUUGGAUUCUCAGCAGUUCUGUUUCCUACCGCUUAGGGUACUCUGUGGCUUGGAAGGUUGCUGCAGCAGCCCAGUUGUUUUGCUGGACUGGACAGUUCAUUGGCCAUGGUGUUUUUGAGGUUGAGAUGUGAUUACUGAUUCGAGGUUCUCCUUGUGAUAAAUAAUAAUCUCAAAUUAAUCUCUAACCUCCGAAAACUUUUGCAGAAGCGAGCACCCGCUUUAUUAGACAACCUCACUCAGGCUUUUCUCAUGGCACCUUUCUUUGUAUUACUCGAGGUCUGUUCAUUUUCCUCCAGUUCUCGGGAUUUUCUAAUUCUUGGAUCGUUUUUGGGCUGAUUCUUUAAUCAUUUUGUGGGUCAUAUAGGCUCUUGCUUUCGUUGGGUACGAACCAUAUCCGGGUUUCAAUGUUAGUGUGAAGGCAAAGAUCGAUGCUGAACGGAAAGCAUGGCAGGAGAAGAAACAGAAGAAAACUACUUAGAUGCAGGAUACCUCAUCUUCUUUGAAUGUUUUAACUUCAUUGUACAUCUGUAAGUAAAUGAACCACAAGAGGGACAUUUAUAAUAUACAAAUAUAUGUGUUAAUUGUAGAGGAAGAUCACAUUACUCGAAGUUGGAUCUUUCUGGUUAUGUUGGAUUCUAAAUUUGUCAAGGAUGCCUAAUGUGUUGUCUAUCAUUUUUAUGAUACAUCUUAAUAGUCAUAUGAACAUCCAAUGAUGGAAUGGCACGUUAAUGAUCGAUACAAAUUUAUUGCUGCGAAAAUCGCUCUCUAUUAUUGUUACUCUUCAACCCGCAGCAGUGAUUAACUGUAAUUUUUGUCGUAGGUCAUCAGUCCAGCCCGAAUCAAACAUCCAUCACCCAGCAGAACUUAAGUACAAUUACUAUGGCACCAAAUAUCCAUGACCUAGCAUAACUAAGUUCAAUUAUUACUAUGACAACAAAUUAAUUCGUUCAUCUCUGGACAUUAAAAAUGAUUUUCUGUGAAAC